GGAGAAAACACAAGUGUGGGGGAGAUCAGAGCUGGAUUCCCAAUCAGUAAAGAGGGGUUUUCUGUUGAGAACUGAGUCUGUCCCUUCAGUCAUUACUAAAUGACAUGAUUGUCUGCUGAGAAACAGGGGGAGAGCAGUGCCUGGGACACUGUUGGGACUGAGCCAAGAAGCAUUCAGGAGAAAGGUGGGUGUUGCUCUGUAUGGGCAGAAGAAGAGGAGCAGCCAUUCCUCAGCCCUGGCUGGAAGCUGUGGCACAGAGUGUGACCCCCAGGCAGCCAGCAGCACAACCCUGGCUGCUCACCACAUCCCUGCCUGCUGGGAAGAGAGAUCCUGCUCUGAGACAGACUGAUCUCUCCUCCCCUUCUGGACCAUUCUGGGUCAGCACCAGGCAAUUCUCCAGCUCCUGCUUCCCCCAGCAGAAUAAUCUCUGCUCCAGGCUGCAGCAGCACAGCUCCAAGCCUGUGGCUGGAAAGUAGUUUAGAAACAAGAGUAGUCACAAUCCGGUGUGAAAACAACAGCCUCAGCCUCCUGUGCCUCUUGUAUGGAUCCUGUCAGCCCUUCACUGGUCAGUGCAAGUUUGUCACCUCCUGUAGAUUCCCCACUUAGGCAUGAACUAGUGGUGUGUCCCUCCUCAAGGAGCUCCAGUCAAAGUGUCAACACUUGUGGCAGUUCAGCCCUGACCUUGGGCGAUCUGGAUCCAUCCAGCUUGGAGUCCUUUCAGGCUCUUUUGCAAUCCUCCCAGAUUUCUGCUAGCUUGUGUUGUUCAAUCCAAAGGCUUAAGCAAGAAACUGCUUUGAUGGGGACAAGGGGCUCCCUCCCUCUGGAGCCCAGGUCUUCCCCAAUUAGUGGCAAUUUGUGCUUUGCUCAUGGUGGUUCAGCUCCUGGUAUCCUGAGCACAAGAGAAGAGCAAGCUGGAGUAAAGACCAGUGCUGCUCAGGCAAGGUUGAGAUGGGGUGUCCCAUUUGCUAGAGACUGGAGCCUUGGUGCCAUGAGAAGGGACUUGAGUCCUGCAGAACCUCUCUCUGUCUCUCACAGAUAUGGAUACCUUGGCUUAAACACCUGGAGAACCAACAUUUCAGGUGACAUUCAGCCAGAAGCCAUGUCAGCUGGGCUGGGCUCUGGCAGGCUGGUGGAGAGAACAGCAGAUUCCUCCUAUGAUUACUCCCAUUAUUUACAGUGCCAGUCCCAGGCAAAGCCAGCUCUGGCAGCUGGGAGCCUUUAUGUCCACACACAGAGUCAUUCCCCUGAAAAGGUCCUGAAAGGAGAAGAGGCACCUGGUGCAGCAUCUCCAGGUGCUGCUCCUCAGGAGAAAAACCCUCCAGGCAGUCUGUGUCCAGAGGCUCUCAAGGUGUCAGUAGUGACAGAGCUGGGGGGUGCUCAGAUGAAUCUUGGUGUAGCCAUGUAUGGGACCCCCAGGGAAGUCUGUGUAACAGUGGCUUCUUCUUCUUCUGGAGGAAAAGAGUUCAGACCAGGCCAGCAGCUCAGUAUUAAUUGUGUAGAAGUCAACUCUGAAGCUCCUGUUAAGCCCAGCAAACAGCCAGAGGAGGUGGCAGUGGUGGGCAGGAGCCAGCCCAGGCCUUUCAGGAUUCAGGUGGAAGGUGGCUUUGGGGAAUAUUCUGACACAGAUUGUAUGAAUGUGAGCAGAGAAGGAAGGAGGAAGAAACACUCCCACCAAAGCAACUGGAGUCACUGGGAAGCUGACGCCACUCCCAGCCAGUCUGAAGAACCUUCUGUGGAGAGGAGACCCACAGAACCCUGGUGCUGUGCAGAAGGGAGCCAGACCCAGGCAACUGCAUCCCAAGAGGUCUUGGGGAACAGCUUCUGGCUGAUGAAGGGGAAGGAGCAAAGUUUCCAGCAUGCCAGGGACAGACAAACAUUGAGGAGGUGUUUCCAAGCAUGGAGGGGACACAUCCUUUGGAAAAGAGCUGCAGCCAGGCAGCUUCACAGGCAGCAGCUGCUUGGGAAGGGCUUUGGUGCUUUGCAGUGGGCUGUGCAGCAGAGGAGGAUGCAGCUGGAGACAGCCCAGCAGAAACGUGCCCUGGCUCUGCUGGCUGGCAGCUUCCAGAGGUGGAAGGAGGCUGUGGCUGUGGCAAAACAAAGCAAGAAGCAAGCUCCACAGCCUGAGCCGAAUUCUUACCCCCCACGUCCACCAGUGGGUUGUUUUGGAGCAGGAAGAUUAGCAGCUAUGACAACCCCAGCUCAGCAGCAGCUUACAGCAGGGCACUCCCAGGAGGCUGAGCAGGCUUGGAGGGUGGAGGCACAACUGUGGACACAGCUUCACUGUAAGCAGAGAGGAGAUGAGUUCUGCUGGAGAGCUCAAGGGAUCAGAGAUCUGAGAAGGCUGGCUGCAGCUUUCAGACUGUGGCGCCUGCAGAAGCAGCUGCAGAGCACAGAGACAGCCAAGCUCCUGGAAUCCCAAGUUCUGCUGGAAAAGAAGCAGCUCCAAAAGGUGUUCUGGGUGUGGCGUUCCCGGUGCUUGGAAAAGGAGCAGGUUUUGGCACUGACCACUCGGUUCCAGAGAAACUUGGUCUCCCAGUGCUUCAGUGCUUGGAAGGAGGCUGCUGAGCAGAAGGCACUUUACAGGCAUAGCCUGGGCCAUCUCAGAGCAAGAUCACUGAGGAAAUAUUUCCAGCAGUGGGUUCAGCUGCUGCAGAUCAGAGAAGGGGAUCAGCAGGCAAUGGGGAACUUCUUCCUCCUCCAGAGGAGACAGCAUCAUGGACCAGUUAAAAGCUCAGAAGCUGAAGAUCAGCCCUCGUGCACUGCAGGGAGAUGGUUUCCUGGGAGAACAGGCUGCUCUCUUGAUGACCUCUGCAAAAAAAUAAAGCUCCAGAGAGUUUAUCUGCUGUGGAAGGCAAGGCUGCACGACCAUCACAGAGCUGAUUCUUUCUCUCAGGCUUUAGAGCAGUGUAGGCUCAGAAAAGCUCUGAAAUUGUGGCAUCAGAAGUGUCUCGUGGUGCAGAGAAGUGAACAAAGUCCUGAGCCCUUCCAUGGGACUGUGUGUGAAGAGCCUCUCCCCAUGCUGCUUUCAGAGGAUCUUGCAACAUCUUCUGGCUUUGACAGCAGUGCUCCAGCUACUCUGGCCUCUCAGAGCUCACUGGAAAAGGAAUACAGCUUCAGUGACAGCAGCCAGCAGAGCUUCUUUCUGCCAUCCUGCAGCUUUGUGCAGCUCCAGCACUCUGCAGAGCUGCCAGCUGAGCAGGACUCCUGCCCUCCACACAACGCUGGGUCUGGAAUAAAUUGGUUUGUGGGAGGUCAAGUCCAGAGUCCAGAUGAUGAUGUGCAGCCUCCCAGCAGUUCCUCUGCAGAGGAAGAGGACUGCAGGUCUGACAAGGAAGCUGAGAGCUGCAGGCUCCAAGCAGAGCAGUGCUGCCUGCAGAGGUAUUUUAUUCUUUGGUCAGCUCAGACUCAGCAGGUUCUGAAGGCCCAGCAGUACUGCAGGCUCAGCCAGCUGGCUCGGGCCUUUUUCAGCUGGCAUCACUGGGUUGUGGAAAAUAAGACCCAAAAAGCAGCAGCAGCCCUGAAACAUCGAGUCCAUUGCUGCCAGGUGGCUUUUAGCCUUUGGAAGAAGAGACUGGCCCAGAAAGUGGAAGCUGAGCAGAGGUUCAGGUGUCACAUUCACCAGAUGACUGCAGCUGCUCUCUGGCAUUGGCAUUCCUGCUGGCAGAGGAAACGUGCUAUGAAGGAGCUGCAGCAGCAAUGGGCUCAGCACAGCUGCCAGCAGAAGCAGAGGUUGGUCCUGCAGACCUGGUAUUGCCAGACAAAGAAGCAGAAAUUUGCUGCUUUAUUCUGGGAACGACUUCUCCUGCACAGGUGUCUGGUGGCUUGGGCUCAGGUCACUGUCUGCAGUCUGAGGCAGCACCAAGCCCUGUCUGGGUUCCAAAGGGCCCGGGAGCAUCAUCUCCUGGCUGUGAGCUUUGCUGAGUGGAGAGAGAAGUUCCUGAGAGCUGAAGAGCAGCAGGAGCUGAGAGAGAGAACCCAAAGGUGGGAAGGAGCCUCUUGGGGUAAAGCUCAGCACCGCUGGCGAGUGGCUUCCCGAGGCCACCAAGCCCUGGGACCAAGGCACCUGGGAGCUGUGGCUGCUGUAAAACAGGCCUGCAACUACUGGACCAAAGCAGCUGCCUCCUCGCUGUGCUCACGGCAGAGCAGCAGCCUGAUAGGUGCUCGGAAGAGCAGGAAAUUGUCUCUCUCCUGGUCCCUGAAAAGCAGAAGAGGCAGAGAGAAGGGCUCAGCACCAGUGGCCUCUCCUGAGCUUUUUCCCAGUGCCUUUCACCGCUGGCUGGUGAUGUACAGAGCCCAAAGCAGGGCUGAAAGGAGGGAGCUGCUGCUCCCUCACCUGGCACUGAGACCUGCUGUGGCAGGACCCCCUCCUGAACAUCCAAGGAUCCAGGAGGAAGAAACAGAAGUGGACUCAGAGGAGUGGGAUAAGAAGUGGCUUGGGAAGAAGUAUCUGAGGUGGUGGCAUCACACAGUGACACUUCACCAGUGCCAGCGUGCCAGGAGACUGCAGUGUCUGGCAAGGGGGUGGCACCAGUGGAAAGAAGGCAGCAGGGUGGUGAUCCUGGCACAGGAGCUGGCCCAGCAGAGGUUGAUAGAAAAGGCCUGGAGGGUGUGGAGACAAAGACAUUUGCAAACCUGUGUGGUGCAGAACUUUUUGGAGAAGGAAGCCAGGAGCCUCCUGUCUCAGGCCUUUGGAAGGUGGCAGCAGCUCACAGCAUUCCAGCUGAAGGACAAAGGACACUGCUGAAUGGGGAAGCCCGGCUGCAGCUGCUGCUCCUUGCAGGACACAGGAGGAUGCUGCUGGCUGGCACAACAAAGAGCAAGAGCUGCUCCUGCACAAUCCAGAAAGCAAAGGAGGGAGAAAAAAGGAGAGAAAAGCAGCCCUGCAGGCCAGAAGCACCACAGGACAACCCAGGAAGAGAUGGUACUUAGUGGAAGUUCCUCUUAAAGGACUGGUAUCCCACCUCCCCAGAGGCACAGAUUUGAGAAAUUACUCCCUUUUGUUGUGAGAUUGCAUCCCCUUCUCAUCUGGACUCUAAUCUUGCUGGAGUUCUGAUUAAAGGUCAAAA